UGACACAAAAAAGCAAACGUAGACUACCUAUAGGAGCUUGCGCUCUAGUUUGAACAUUUAUCUAGCGGAAACGACUAUUGAGAGGUCUCGAAUCUGCAUUGUCGAGACAAAAAUAGGACAAUGCGGACCCUUGCAGUUCCGUGUAUGUAUACAGUGGUGUGGAGCUGUGUGAUUGCGUACUGGCACAUACAAGGCACGGGUGUCCACUCCCUUUAUCGACCCUUUAGUUGGUGGUGCCAUCUAACGGCAGCAGUUCUAUUGGCCUAUUUCUUAACCUCAAAAGUAAACAACCGUAACACGCAGCAUGCUAUAUAAUAAAGUGAAUAUUUUACAUAAAAAUUUAUCAAUUUAAUGUGUAGUAUUUGGUGUGACUAGUACGAAAUAUCGCAUUAUAAUAUAUUAUUGUUAAAGUGGGUAUACAAUAUGCGGAAUACAAAAAAUAAGAAUAGAGAUGAUAAAAAGAAACUUUCUUGGAUCUACAGAAGAAAGGCAAAGUCUAACAGGUUAAGGCAGGCUGGAGGUGACAAUGAAAUUGAAAAUGAAAAUGAAAAUGAAAAUAAAAGACCUAGAAUUAUCGUGCGCAAUCUACCGUUUAAGACAACUGUAGAUGACAUCAAACAGUUUUAUGAACCAUUUGGUCCAAUCGAUGAAAUAAAUUUCCCAAAACGUUACGAUGGUUCACCAGUGGGAUGUUGUUUCAUUCAAUUUAAACAGUUAGAAGAUGCGUCAAAAGCAAUAUUUAAUACAAAUAAACAAAAAUUUGAAGGUAGAACAAUAAGCAGUAGUUGGGCUGUUUCAAAAUCUAGAUAUUGUGAAAAACUGAAACAAGAAUCUACAAAAAAUGUAGACCAUAAAAUUGAUCAUGAUGCAAAGAAAGAUGAAGUAGACACAAAUAAACAAAACGAUGAAUGUAAAACAGAGGAGUUUGUAAAAAGAAAACUGGAAAGGAGAAAACUUCAGAAGGAGAAAAAUCGUAAAAGAAGGGCAAGAAUUGUGAUAAGAAAUUUAUCAUUUCAAGUAACCGAAGAAUCAUUAAAAGAACAUUUUUCUCAAUAUGGAACGAUAGAAGAAGUGAAACUCUUAAAAAGAGAAGAUGGUAAACAUGUAGGAUGUGCAUUUUUGCAAUUCGAACAAGUGCAAAGUGCAGCUAAAGCCAUACAUUAUGGAAACUUGCAACCACUCCUCGAUAGGCCCAUUGUGGUUGAUUGGGCUAUACCUAAAAAUAAAUUUUGUAAGAAUGAUUCCGACAGUGUAGAAGGCGAAAUGAAAGUAAAGAUAGAGAAUGAGAGCGAUACAGAAAACGCAUCUGUCAUAGAAACUGCAAAGGAAUCCAAUUCAAACGAAGAGUUAGGUAGCGAAGAUGAAAAACAUGUAGAUAUUACCACAGAGAACGAUGAAUUUGACGAUAAUGAUUCAAUAGAAACAGAAAUAAAAUCGGAAAAUGAAAGUGGUGCUUCAGACGACGAACUAUCCGAAGAUGUUAAAGAAGAACAUGUAGACAUAAAAGAUGUAAAGGAAAUUAAACGUCCACGGUUCGAGUCUCACGAUGUUUCAGAGGGAAAGACUGUAUUUCUAAAGAAUGUACCAUUUUCCGUGAAAAACGACCAAUUAAAGAAAUACAUGGAACAAUUCGGACCUGUUUAUUAUGCUCUCGUAUGCAUGGAUCCGCUAACUGAAUAUUCAAAAGGAACAGCAUUUGUUAAAUUUAGAAAUGUCGAGGAUGCUGAAAAGUGUCUAUCAGCGGGAAAGGAAUUAGAAAUGGAGGAUCAAAUAGUUGAAGCGCAAAAAGCAAUAGACAGAAAUGAAAUGGACAAUAAAGCGCUUUCGAAACAGCUUAAAAUCAAAGAUUCCCGAAAUUUGUAUUUGGUGAAAGAAGGAGUUAUAUUGGCUGGAAGUUCAGCUGCAACAGGCGUAUCAGCAGCAGAUAUGGCGAAACGUUUGCAAAUAGAACAAUGGAAAUCUCAGAUAUUGCGGAAUUUCAAUAUGUUUGUAUCGAGGGUAAGACUCGUUGUUCACAAUUUACCACCUACGGUUGAUGAUGUCAAGCUGAGGAAAAUCUUCGAAAAACAUGGGCCUUCUAAGGCGAUCAUUAGAGAAGUACGCGUUAUGCGAGAUCUCAAAAAUGUUGAUACGAAAGGAAUAGGAAAAUCAAAAGAGUAUGGUUUCGUGUCGUUUACAAAACACGAGGAUGCACUUCAAGCUCUGAGAAGUGUAAAUAACAAUCCGAAUGUAUUUACUUCGAAAAGAAGGCCGAUAGUGUCCUUUUCAAUCGAAAAUCGAAUAAUGGUGAACGCUAAACAAAGAAGAGUCGAAAAGAGUCGCAAGAACAAUCCCCUUUGUCCGGGAAAUAAAGUAAAAAGAAAAGAAGAAACCAUGAACGAGGAAGUUCCAUUGAAAAAAUUCAAACCUGACAGAACAGACGAAUUAAACAAAAAACCAUACGCUGGAACAGUUGGAAAACUUGGUGAAAAUAAAUUACGAUCGAAAUUUAAAUUGAAAAACCAAGCGAAAUUGCAUAGCGAAACGGUGAAGAAAGAGAGAAAGAUGAAAAAAUCUUGGAAAAAAUUAGAAGAAAAGCGAAGGCAGAGGAAUGAAAAUAAAAAAGAAAUUAAACCAAAACAAAGGACGAAGGUAAAGGCAGUAGACGUGAAGUUGGAUAAACUUGUAAAUAGUUACAAGAACAAAUUAAAAUCUAUAGAAUUGAAGAAGUCCAAAUGGUACGAAGCGUAGUUAUGAACUAUUUACAUGUAUUAAAUGAGAAAAUACUAAUAAUAAAAACUUGUUCGUUUUCGUUUGAUAA